AUGUUCCGUGCUGUGACGACAGCUCACGACCUGGUCACAAGUAAUGAUGAGUUGGUUGGCUCCCUCGAAGGAAUCGAGUGUAUUCUUCUCGAAGCUCUCUUCAAGAAUUAUACUGGCGAUCUUCGUCAGUCUUGGCUAGCCGCCCGCAGAGCCGUAACGAUCGCGCAAAUGCUGGGUCUCGAUCGUGGCAUUGCGCCUUUGUCCUUGUCUGGAUUCUCCGCCGACCCCGACGAUAUGUGGUUUCGAAUCGUCCAGUUUGACCGUUACAUCGCUCUGAUGCUUGGUCUACCGCAGAGCUCGGUUCAGGAUACCUUCGCCACUCCCCAGGCUCUCGAAAGGUGCUCGCCUCUUGAACGCAUGCUACGCCUGUGCUGCGUAGCAUGCGGUCUGUUAUUACAACGAAGCGCCUCCGAACUACAUGAUGCCAAUAUCACUAAAGAAGUAGACAAGUUAUUGCAGGAUGCUUCCGCCGCGAUGCCGCCUCAGUUCUGGGUAUCACCGAACUUGAUCUCGUGCACUAGCCAGUCGGACAAGGUUCGCGAAAUUCUGCGCUUCAACAACCAUUUCAUGUACUACCAUAUCCUCUUGCAACUACAUCUGCCUCAUAUGUUCGAUUCAACUACCCAGAAAGAGAACUACCAUAAUAAAAUGGUCGCCAUUACAGCAAGUCGCGAGAUUCUCUCCAGAUAUGUGUCUUUUCGCGCGUCUCAGACAACGCGUUACUACUGCCGAGGCAUAGACCUGGUCACCUUCAUACCCUGCACAACCCUCUUCCUGGCCUAUCUAAACGGUGGUAGUCGCUGCGCAGUAGCCGAAGACUCUUUCUCAUUUACAGCACAUCAACGGCUGAGUGAUCGAGGGCUUUUGGAGCAAACCCUAGCGAUCAUGCUGGGGGUUGUUGAUAUAAACGACGAUGCAAUUGCUAAGCGGGUGACUACCUUACUUCGGUUUCUCCUGGCUAUUGAUGAAGAUGCCAUGUCGGGAGGAAGGUACACUGUUGUGUUCUCACCAAACAUGCGAAAGCGUGGGGAAGACUUCGGAAGCCAUGCGGCUUUGACGCACAACAACACCGUUUUGGAGAUCUAUUUGCCUCAUCUGCCGACCAUACAUAUCCAAAACGAAACCCCCAACACACCAAUACCACUGAAAUCUGGUCCAGACCGAGAGAAAACGGGCGAUUGCCAACAUAAAGACCUAGGAAAUGGAUGCGGAUGCGAUCGCAGGCCAAAAGAUUGGGGUGACCCAAACGUGGUACAGAUCAUGCCGGUAGCUGUUGAGGACCCAUCCGACGUCCUUGACAGAGUUGACAUACAUGAAUCGCGAUUGCUGAGAAACAGCUCCGCCGAGGUCGACUGGAACUUUGAGAACCUCGAUUUUGCGUUUCUGGACAGCUUCAUUGAGGGGGCGUUAUAA